AUGGAUAUACACCAGUCCAGGGAGGCAGAUAAGGAGUUCGACACGAUCUUCAAUGGUCUCCGGUCGAAAAACAAAGAAGAACAGACGCGAUAUGCGUUGACGUUGAAGAAUUUGGUGUUUGGCGGGAACACUGGCGACCAAUAUAAUUCCCACUUGUCAGAAUCGUCCAUUUACAAUAAACUUCAUGAGAUUACGGUUUCCAAAGAUACCGAAUUGAAAAUCGCCACAUAUUACUCCAUUAAAGCGUUCAUUGAGUUGGUGGGAGGUCCAGAAUUGGAAACUUCGAGAAUUGCCAGAAUGUUGGAUCAGAUGAUGAGUAUCCCCCAGAUCUCCAAGCUGGUGGCCGAUACUUUGGGGUCGCUUUAUCGCCCUGGAUGGUCAUUGAUCGCUACGUAUUUCAGUUUCACUUGUGGUAAUGCCAUUGAGAAUUUAGGCAAUAAACUCGAUUACAAAAAACUCAAUGCCAUCUUGAUAUUGCAAUCGUUCACCACCCAUAAUCCGGGAGCAUUGUACCCAUACAUCGAAAAGAUCUUUACGGGAUUGAGCCAAACUUUGAAAGAUGCCAAUGUGGUUAUUAGAAGAGAAUCAGCAGUGUUAUUGGAACGGUGCUUGACAAUAUUGUAUAUGAGGGAUACUUACAUUUUAUCAUCAAGAUUCAACAGAUUGUACGAUGAAGCCCUCGAGAAUUUGAAGAGCUCGUCUACCGAAUCAAUACACUCAUCGUUUUUGUUAUUCAAGACUUUACUUCAUUUGAUCAUUCUUUCGAACAACAAUAGAUCGUUAUCAGCGUUGAACAACAACAAGGACGCCAUAAGUUUCUCCACCAUCACCGAUAAGGUCGACGAUAUAUACAACAAAUGCUGGUUUUUCAAAGAUUACAAGUCGUCAACCAUUCGUAUAGAAGUCAUUGAAAUCCUCCCGCUCAUUGCCAAGUUCAACACCAGGAUUUUCACCCUCAAAUAUUUACAAAGUAUCACCGAUUUUUACAUGCUCAGGUUGAAAAAGGAUAAAGAUAGAAUCCCCACUUUAUACUUAUUUGGCGGUAUUUCUUCGAAAAUUGGUAGUACCAAUUGCUUAUUAUACGCCAACAGUUUAAUUGCCAUCAUUGAAAACUUGAUCCAUACCAUUAGUGGCGGGGAUUCAAAUACCACCGCAUCCUCUCAACAAAUGGAUAAACCUGGCUUGAACAAAUUUUCAUCAUUCAACCCUAGCUCCCAUAUUUUUGCUGGCCCAGGUAAUGCCAUCGCUAAUACUUCGAAUUCUGUCAAAUCCGCUGGACCAAAGAGGAAAGAUGGCGAUUUUUUCGCUUACAAUAAAUUUGAUACCUCCUCGAUUCUUAAUAAUGAUCCAGCCACCGCCAUCACUUUCCAAAACAUUUCUGAAUACAAGGGAUUGAAAAGAUAUGAGUUAGAAAAAGCGAUUUUUUACGUGCUAAUCAAACUUUGUGAGACUUUGGGCAGUAAAAUCACCCAAGUGUUGACCCUUAACAUGCUCGAGUUAAUCAUUGCCACUUGCAAUUUGACUAAGCAUUUGACGACAUUGAUGAGUAAAUUGAUCGAAUUCUAUCCUAACCUUGAAAGUUUCAUCUUGCAAAAGCUCAUGAAUAAAGUGACCCUCACCUUAGCGGGUACCGAUUUCAUCGAACCAGGGGUUUCCAUUGCCAGUUUGAAUUUGACUCCCAAAGAUCGCAAAAAAUUGGCCCAAAAAUCGGUUAUCGGGGUACGUUUCGAUGAGCCUUCAGGAAGGAUUUUUCUCAAUGGUAAUGCCAAUGGGUUUGGUAAUAGUAAUUCAUCAUCCAUUGGUGAUGAAAUUAUUGGCAAUGAUUCUCGAGCUAGUGAAUUGAGAAAAAAAAUCGCCCUUUAUAAACAACCAUACUCUAGCAGUUCGGCGCCGUUAUCAAAUUACACUUUCAAAGACUUAUCUUCUGCUUUUAAUAAUUUCACGGCGGGUCAUGAAGCAUAUUCUGUAUCCAACCAUACCAACCCUUCUUUGGCCAGCGAUGGUAGUAAUACCGCGGUGGGGGCCUCCAACGGAGAACGUCCUAGUACCCAUUUUAUCACUAUUAAAGAUAUGGUUGAUUUGAACAGGGCCAGAAAAAUCAGAAACACGGUUUUGAAAGAUUACGGGUUCAAUGUCGGGGGAAAUGUGAACAGUACCAGUGCUAGUAAUACCGGGGUAUUCCAAGCACUUACCAAAUUAACUGGUCUUUCUGAUGAUUAUUUCAAGUCGAUAAACCAAACCCCAUUCGAUGGCGGGUUUGAUUCGAAGGAUAUCAAUACCGAUGAGGGAGAAGUGCCAAUAAAGAGCGAUUUUGCCAUAGACAGUUUGGAAUACCAGGAAAUAAAUCUUUUGGUGGAAUGUUUCCAUAUUUUGAAGAAAUUCCAUUUCGGGAAAUACGUGUCGCUAUUUGAGUUUUCCAGGUACGUUACUUUGACUUAUAUUGAUCAUCAAGAUUUUCAAGUGAGAAAACUCGCGGCGUUGAUAACCACAAAAUUGUUUACCGAUGAUGAAAUCAUCAACUCUGUGCAAAUUGGCUCGAUCACUGCGGUAUCUGACGUUUUAUCGAAGUUGUUACUCUUGGGAAUUGCCGAUACAAACCCCGAAAUAAGAUUGGCGGUUCUCGAAAGUUUGAACGCCAGGUAUGAUCCCCAACUAGCCCAAUCGGAUAAUGUUAGAUUAUUAAUGAUAUCGUUGAAUGAUUCCAGUUUUGAGGUGAGAAAAGUGACCAUCAGAAUCCUUGGAAGAAUAUCGGUGAAAAACCCGGCAUAUGUGGUUCCAGCCCUUAGAAAAGUGUUGAUUCAAUAUCUUAACAAUUUGAAAUAUGGCACCACUAAUGUGAUUCGAGAAAAUAGUUGUUCAUUAUUGACAUGCCUUGUCUCUUGUGCUGAUAUGUUAACAAAGCCUCAUAUCAAUGCCAUCAUGGAUGUUUUAAUUCCAUUAUUACGCGAUAGUAAUAAAAACUCAGUGAUUUCGUCUAUCGUCAUCAAAUGUAUCGGGGAAUUGGCCAGAGUCUCUGGAGAAUCGACAAAGUAUUUUCUAGAUGAGGUUAUUCCAUUGAUCAUGGCGAUCCUCAAGGAUAACUCAUUAUUGAUUUCCAAAGAAGAAAAAGUCAUUGCCAUCAAGACAUUGAGUCAGUUGAUUAGAAGCUCAGGAAGGGUCAUUGAUCCAUAUUUCACCUAUCCAGAUUUAUUAGCAGAAAUCAUCAAAAUCGUCAGUGAUAAUAACGUUGAUGCUGGGUUGAAGAAAGAAACCAUCAAGUUACAAGGGAUUUUGGGAGCGUUGGAUCCGUACAAGGCCAGAGAAUUGGAAAGUAAUUAUAAAUCCAUCAGACAAAACCAACCUUCAUCAUCCAGAGAAUUGGUGCCAGGGAUGUUUACCCCAUCGCAAGGGAAAAAUCGCAAGCAGGAUUCCAGCAAACAAAUUAGUAAUAAGCAAUCAUCAUCUAAGAAAUCAAUGAAUAAUAAUAUUGAUUAUAGUCAAGCCAGUGAGGUUGCCAAAAAUUGGGGACAUGAUGAAUUGGGUAAAGAUUUCGAACAAGGGGUUGAUUUGAACGAAAUGUUAAAUAUUAAUGACGCCAGUAUGCGGAUCCCAAAACUUAUCCAAAUGGAAACCCCAAUAGAUUUAUUAUUAUUGAUGCAAUUGAAUAACGAUCUUCGGCCGCUUAGCGGAGGCGAGGAUUAUUACUUGAUUGUGGUGUUGAACAUGUUGGUCAGAUUACUUAAGGACCAAUCAACGAGCUCUCACCACGAAACGGUGAUGUCGAUUAUUGUCAAUAUUUUCUCACGAAUCAGGGAUAAGUGCUUGAGUUAUUCGAAAUUGAUUAUCGUGGGAAUGUUGAGAGCCAUCAAAAACUAUACUGCAUCAAAGAUGAAAUUAUCGUUCCAACAAAUUGGCCAAAUCGCCAAAGUUAUCGGGAAAUUUAUCAGGCCUGCAGUGCCGGAGUUAUUAAAGAGUGUCAAUGAAUUAUUUGGGUUAACUGAUCGGUUAACGUUGAUAAAUUUAGUAGAAAUUGUCUCCAAAAACUUGGACAUGGAAUUCAAAUUGUAUUUGCCAAAUAUUUUGUGCACUCUCUUGGAAGCAUUGAAUAAUGACGAUUCAAAGGAUAAAAUUGUUUCUCGGAAAAUCAUCAAAGCGUUUGUGUCGUUUGGAGGAAGUAUUGAAGAGUAUUCUAAUUUGAUCAUCACCAAUAUUUUGAGAUUUGUACAGCCUAAUGGUGGGUCAUACGAGCUUCGUAAAACCGCAAUUGAGGCAUUGGGACAACUCACCACGUCUAUCAACUUGACAGAUAUGUCCUCUAGCAUAAUCCAUCCAUUUUUGGUAUUGUUGAAAAGCAAAAAUCCUGAGGAUUUCCAAUUGAGAGAUAGUAUUAUGAAUUCUCUUUGUGCAUUGAUUGUGCAAAUGAAGAGUGAAUAUUUCAUUUUCUUGCCAAUUGUUGAUAACACGCUAUCAGAAAUUGAAUUUUCGUCUCAUGCCUACACAAAACUUGUACAUCAAUUGAUCAAAAAUGAAAAUGUGUCCUUCACCCUUCCUUCAGAAUACCAACCCGAACCGGCUUACAAAGAGGAUGAGCCAAUGAAGAAAGUUGAUGGUGCAUUGCUCCAAUCUAGUUGCCAGCCAUUCCUUUGCAAGACUAAAGGCGAUUGGAUUGAAUGGUUAAAGCGGUUGAACUUGAAGCUUUUGGAGCUUUCUCCUUCGGUAUCGUUGAACUCUUGUUUAGUGUUGGCGUACGCCCACGUUCCAGUGGCCCGUGAGUUGUUCAAUGCGGCAUUUUCUGGAGUAUGGGUGGCUAUUGGUGAUGAACAUCGUAAUGAAUUGGGGAAAAGUUUGUUGUACGCAUUACAAAACGCUCCAAACUCUUCGGACGUUCUACAAACCAUUUUGAAUUUGGCAGAAUUCAUGGAACAUAACAAUACUCCAUUGCCAAUAAAUCUUUCGGUGCUCUCGAAGUAUUCUUUCCGUCAUCAUGCGUUUGCCAAAGCUUUACAUUACAAAGAAGUAGAAUUCAAGGAUACGGCUUACAAAAACAAUGUGUCGGUGACCACGAUUGACUCGCUUAUCAAUAUCAACAAUUCUUUACAACAGUCUGAUUCUGGUGAUGGGAUGUUGAAGAUCGCUACUGAUUUCUAUCAUUUUGAGGCCAAAGAAUCGUGGUACCAGAAAUUACAGAAAUGGAAUGAAGCGUUGCGAAUCUAUGAGAAGAAAUUGGCCGAUAAUCAAGUGAAUAUCGACGUGAUCAAUGGGAAAAUGAGCUGCAUGCAUGCUUUAGGUCAAUGGGAACAAUUGGAGAGUUUUACCGAAAAGAAUUGGGGAUUAAUUUCCAAUAUCAACAAAGAGAAAGUCGCACCGUUGGCGGCGGCGGCAGCAUGGGGUACUGCGAAAUGGGAAAAAAUGGACGAUUAUAUCAGCGUUAUGAAGCAAGAUUCUGCGAAUAAGUACUUUUUCGAUGCGAUUCUUAACGUUCAUCGUUGUAAUUAUGGAGUGGCCCAAGAAAACAUCAGAAACGCUCGGGAGUUGUUGAGUGGAGAAAUCACCGCGUUGAUCAAUGAAAGUUACAGUCGUGCUUAUGAUGUGGUGGUGAGAAUCCAGAUGUUGUCGGAUCUUGAAGAAAUCAUUGAAUUCAAAGGAUUGGACGAUAAUAAUCCAAGAAAAAGUUUGUUGAAGUCCGCCUGGGAUAAGCGAUUAUUCCAUUGUCAAGGUAAUGUGGAUAUUUGGCAAAGAUUAUUGAAUAUUCGAUCAUUAGUGAUCAAACCAGAACAAGACUUGGUGGCCCGAAUCAAAUUCGCUAAUUUGUGUCGGAAAUCAGGACGGAAUGCCCUUGCGGAAAAAACGUUAUCCAGUCUUAAGAGUAACGUUAUUCAAUUGAAACCAGUUCCAGGAAACUCUAUGGAAGGUGGAUCAUUUACCAAUCCGGCUCUCGUGUACGCCCAAUUGAAGUUAUUAUGGGAGGUGGGACAAAAGGAAAAAGCGUUUGCCACCCUUUGUACAUUCACUUAUGAUUUAAGUGCUGCGCUUUGUCUUCAAGCAGAUCAACUAGUAUCACCAAAAGUUCCAGAGAUCUUACCGUGUGAUGAACCACUUUAUUACGGUUUGCGGAAGAUUUUGUGCAAAUGCUUUUUGAAACAAGGUCAAUGGCAAAUGGAAUUAAACUCUCAUUGGACCGAUGAUAAGGCUGCAGAAAGUGGGGUUCUUGGAUCAUUUUUAAUUCCAACGAUUUUAUACAGUGAUUGGUACAAAGGCUGGCAUUAUUGGGCCUUGGCAAAUUAUGAAGUGAUUUCUUCCAAGUCCACUAGGUUGCGGAACCGUGAAGAUCACGUCACCCCUAAAGAACACGAAUCAGGUAACGAAUCAGAAUUGGUGAAAUUACACGCCAUUCCUGCCAUGAAAGGGUUUUUCCGAUCGAUUGAAUUAUCCAGUAGUGUGGCCAUUCAAGAUUUGCUAAGAUUACUUGGAUUGUGGUUUGCGUAUGGUGGGUAUCCAUUCGCGGCUACAGAAAUUGAAAAGGGAAUCAAUGAUUUAUCAAUUGAGACUUGGUUACAGGUGCUUCCACAAUUGUUUUCUCGAUUACACCAUCCGGAUAAAGUGGUGAAUAACGCUUUGCAAAAACUUGUGGUUCGGUUAGCAGAAGUGCACCCACAGGCUUUAUUGUUCCCAUUAAAUGUUUCUGUGAGAUCUGACAAACAAAUUGGUCAAGCUACCGCCGGAAGAAUCUUGAAUACUAUUAAGUUCUUGCACCCACGACUUGUCACCGAAUCAGAGGUGGUGGUCUAUCAAUUGAUCCAAGUGGCAUUAUUAUUGAAUGAACGAUGGUUCCAUGCUAUCGAAGACGGGGUAGCGCUUUAUCAAAGUGGUCAUCAUUAUUCGAAGAUUGUGACGAUGUUUGAUACAUUAUAUCAAGAGCCAAAACGUACCUUCCACGAAAAAACUUUUUGGGCGAUCUGGGGACCGGAGCUUAGUAGAGGGUAUGAAUGGAUUGUCAAAUAUAAGAAAAAGAUGCUUGAACAACAAGUGAGUGAUCCUCAAUUACUUCAACUGGCGUUUGAUUGUUUGGCGCCAAUCCAUAACAAAUUAAGCAAUGAAUUUAGUAGUGUGAGAACUCAUUUCUUGGAAUACGUGGCCCCUCAAUUAUUAGAAAGCACCGAUUUAGACCUUGCGGUCCCAGGGACGUAUGAACCAGGCAAAGUGGUGGUGGGAAUGCACCGUUUCGAAAACCGGGUGCCGGUGAUUGUUUCCAAACAACGUCCAAGACGAUUUUUCAUUUAUGGUCAAGACGGUAGAUUAUAUGAUUAUUUGUUGAAAGGCCAAGAAGAUAUUAGACAAGACAAUAUGGUUAUGCAAUUGUUUGGGUUGGUCAAUAAGUUGUUGGACAAUGAUCCUGAAUGUUUUAGUCGUCAUUUAAGUCUUGAACCGUAUCCAACAAUCCCGCUUUCUCCAAAAUCUGGGUUAUUGGGGUGGGUUCCAAACAGUGAUACUUUCCAUACAUUGAUUAGUCAAAACCGGAAUUUCAAAGGCAUCACCAAAGAUAUUGAAAGAAGAGCCCACAACGCGUAUCUGGGUAAACAUUUUGAUUUUGCCACGGCGUUGAGACGCUUGGAAUUGUUUUUGGUGAGUUUGAGCGCCUCUAGAGGGAUGGAUAUUUAUGAUGUGUUGUGGUUGAAGAGUCGGUCUUCGGAAGUAUGGCUAGAACGGAGAACCACGUAUAUUCGGUCUUUAGCAUUGACGUCGAUUGUUGGGUACGUCCUUGGGUUAGGAGACCGUCAUCCUUCGAAUAUCAUGAUUCAUAGAGUUACUGGGAAAGUGGUUCACAUUGAUUAUGGGGAUUGUUUCGAAAGUGCUCUGUUGCGUGAGAAAUGGCCAGAACAAGUGCCAUUUAGAUUGACAAGAAUGUUGGUUAAUGCGUUAGAGGCUUCAGGAAUUGAAGGUUCCUUUAGAAUCACUUUGGAUAAUGUGAUGCGGGUGGUGAGGGUCAAUAAAGAAUCCUUACUCGCGCUCUUUGAUUCGUUUGCCAAUGAUCCAUUGAUCAAAUGGGGGUUUGAUAUUCCUAAUAAAGCGGUGAUGCGGAAGACUGGGUACAAGCCUAUAGAUGCCGAUGCGGCUGAGAUGAGAAGUAAAGGACAAAUCAACGAUGAGCAAUACGAUGCGAUUUUGGAAGAAAACGAGCGGGCGUUGAUGAAUGCUCGGGCAGAGUACGUGUUGAAGAGAAUCAAUGAUAAGUUGACGGGUAAUGAUUUCCCAAGAGCGAAAGAUUUGGAUAUUGGUGAUCAAGUGGAUCGCUUAAUUGCUCAAGCGACUGAUAAAGAUGGGUUAGCAUUGCAUUUCAUUGGGUGGUGCUCGUUCUGGUGA